AUGAGCGAUACAAUACAGGAUCACCAGCCGGAAUUCGCGAAAGAAGAGCAGGAAAUCCUCGAACAGCUGUACAAGGGAUGGCUGCGCUACUGGAAUAAGGAGUCGAUGCACGACCCCGGGGCCAACCAGUCGCGACGGUUCUACAACUUCGAGGAAAUGCUGAGCUACGACAUGUUCGGCACCACGACGCGAGGCAAGUUCAUCGAGCAUUUCGAGAACGUGUUCCCCUACUAUGUGGACGGGCAGAUGGAAUACAAAGACCUGGAGAUCGUGGUCCUCUCGCCCACCCACGCCUAUUCCACCUGUUUCCAACACACCUGGGGCAAGGCCGGCGGCGAGCCAUUCAACAUCACGUUUCGCAGAACAGGCAUCGCCAAAAAGAAGGACGGCCAGUGGAAGUGGAUCCACGAGCAUCUGUCGUUUCCCGUCGACAUGGCCACCAAAAAGGCCGACUUCAACUGUGAGACCGAGGCCUUGGACUCGUUCAAAUUCCAGAAGUGA